CUCCCGAACGAUAUGGCCGAGAUCGCCGCCGCCGAGGGCAUCCGACCGGAGGCUAUGAACGCGUUCGUCGAGCUCAUGACGAAGAAGGCUUACUUAGGCUGGCUCUUCGCGGCGAUACCCGCGAUUCGCGAUCGCGCCCUCGCCGAUCCCACCUUUCUCUUCAAGCUCGGCGUCGAGGUUCUCGGGGACGUGGUGUUGUCCAUCGCUUCCGAGGUGACGGGCAGAAACGAGCACUUCUGGGACGAGGCGGAGUACUUCUUCUCGGACGUCGCGGCGACGGUGUGCCUCAACGGCGCGGUGCUCACGAUGCUCUCGCCCGUCGUCACCCUCGGUAAGUCCCACGGCGGCGGCAGGGCGCUGGCGCACAACAAGAAGUACCCGCGGAACCUUCCCAAGCACGUGUUUCAGAAGGGUAACUACACGACGACGUACCGCGCGUGGGCGUUUGUCAGCCAAGGCUUUCGCAUCGGCAUCAUGUCGUCAGCCGUGGGUUUGGCGGGCCAGGGCACCGCGAACCUGAUCUGCACCAUCAGGCGUAAGUACAUGCUCAGCGGAUACAGCGAAAGGUACGCGUCCACCGUGCACCCGGAGGCGCCGCCCCUGCUCGAGCCCGCGAUGGAGUGGGGCGCGUUCAUGGCGACAUCUGGAAAUGCCCGCCAACAGCUCAUCGCCGGCGUCGAGCGAUGCAUGCGAGACGCCAACGUGAAAAUGCCGGCGCUGAACCUUCUCGCGACGCUCGUGCUUCGCGUCGGUAAUAACGUGUGGGGCGGCGAGCAGUUCGCCGCGAAGAUGCGUGAGAUGGAGGAUUCCGUGUGGGAGGAGUAUUCUUCGAAGGUGGCGGAGGUAUCAAAGACCAAAAGCGGAGGAAAGCGGUGA